AGUUGACGUUCUUUCUUCGGUGUCUAAGAUCACAAACAAACGAGAUAGGUAAUGGGACCAGGUGAAGAAGUAAAGACUCGCAGCGAACCUCAGAUUGAGAUUCAGGAGAGAGGGGAAAUAUUCUUCUUCUAUCGGCCAAAAGUUGGGAAAGAGGCAGCACACGGUCCCAACGAUGUUCAACGGCUGUACCUUGUUCUGAGGCCGGAGUCUGGAGAGAGAGCGGUGGAGGAGAAGCAGGACCCUCACUCUGGCAAGGAAGCUGCCAAAAGCAGUUCUGCAACUGAUUCUGCCACGGAAGGUGGCCAUGGUAGCCAGGAGGUGAACAUCGGGAAGGAGCCCUUACUGCGGUUGAUUGUGAUGGGACGGAAAAGGCUCCCAGACCCAAGUAAGAAAAGCCAACCUUAUUGGGGUUUUGUAGACUUGGUCACUACUAACAUUGAUCAUGUCAAGAAUGCGCUUGGACAAGAGGAAGAAUAUGAUACCUCGACAAGAGGACAUAGGCACAAGUAUCCGGCGAGAGCGCUGGGAGACGGCAUCUAUCGCAUUCUGAGGCACAAUCCAAGCAAGAGAAUGCACACUCAUUUGGUGUACAAGCUUGAAUUCCCGACUGAAGAUAAGCAAAAUGAGCCCCAAGAAUCUCUGAAUGUAGAGCGCCAAGCCUCAUUUCUGAUACAGAUAAAGAACCCGGAGCAACCUGGAAGUUCCCAAUUCAGAGGACUCCAAAAUAAGCGGAAAGCCAUGUUUCCUGCUCACUUGCAAGGUCAAUUUGGGCACAGACGCUUCAUUCCAGCUGAUCCGCCCGACUUUUUGAACUAUGAAGGAUGUGAAAUGUUGCUGAUAUCAGCUUCUGAUGAUAUAGAGGAGGAGCUGGGAUUGGAGCUCAACACGGAUACAAAAGCAGAUCCCUCUUGUUCUGAUUUACUCAGGACUUUUGGAGACGCAACCGUCGGUACCAGCGCCCUCUUUGAAGGCACAUGGGCUUGAAUUAACUUUUAAGUUGGUUCAUGGAUGCAAUAUCAACUACUUGUACACAGCAAACAAACAUACAACGUUUUGGGACAGGACUUAGUGUCUAUCUGCAUUGUGUAUAUACUUAACUAACUGUUUCUAUCAAAGUAGUAGGAGAAGGUUGUGUUUUUUUUUGGUAGGGUUUGUAGAUUGCACGGGUCAAAAAAGGGUGAAAGAAAAAAGUCUGUAGCUUUAAGAGAUCUACGAAUGGAUUUUUUUGGUUGUUUUAAGACCGACUUUUGUGGGAAUAAACUUGCGUAGGUAAGGUGUCAAAUCAAUGAACAUGAGUAUUGUUUUUUUCUAAA